AGCACUUCGGGUCUUGCACUCAUCAGUAAGACAGUAGAGAACGAGUAAAAAGACCCUUGAAAAUGCUGUGGAUAUGUCUCCCAACUGCAUUGCUCUUUCUUCUGCGCCUCCCGUGCUUCCCUGGCCAGAACGCUAAAGCCAGUGGAAUUGUCGAACAGGCACCACUGUAUGUGAAUCCUCAGCAAGGCCAAUCUGUCAACAUUACCUGUGCAUUGAAAACCCCACAUGAAGAUGAAGGGAUCUACUUGCUCAAGACUCAUGUGCAACCUGAACAAGUGCUAUAUGUUUCAAGUCAGAAUGCUUCCACUGUUUCUCCUGCUUUUGCUAAUCGUUUGGAGUAUUCAAAGGAAGGAAAGAAAAUCGUGAUAACUCUACACAACCUAUGGAGAAAUGACAGUGACGUAUAUGUAUGUGCUGGAGUAGUGAAAAACUCCUCUUUCCUCUCAGCAAGUAGAAGUGGCACCAUGAUGCUGAUUAAAGAAGCAGAGCAGACAGACUGCAGGAAAAGUUCCUGGCUCAUCUAUGGUCUUAUCACCGUGGUCAUUCUGCUGCUUUCUGUGCUGAUGUGCUGCACCUUGUACCGUGUUGAUAUGAAGAAAUAUUUCCAGAACAACCCCCCAGAUAUAGUAUAUGAAGACAUGUCUUACCGUUUUAGACAAAACACCUUGCAGAGAGCCAACGCUUACUCCACUGACAACUAAGCUCCCGCCAGCUGGGACAGUGCAUGGAUCAACCAUUCCUUUACAGGUCUCCCUCAGACUGCCUUAACAACCUGAUAUGGUAGCUGAACUGAAAAGCCUGUCACCUACCUUCUUCAGAGGAAAGAAAAACCUGCCUCAUUUCCAAAGCUUUUUCUGUUUUUUGAUCACUUGUAAUUUUGGUUUUUUGUUAACGUACAUAAAACGUAGAGAAACGCAGGUACCCUGCACAUGUGUUUGCAGUUUAGGAUGGAAUGCAGUAUUUUUUGGACUAUACUUUUGGCUGGAGGCAGCAUAUGGACUCAUUUCUUUGAUUGAUCAAUAACCCUUUCAGGGAAGGUGGGAUAGAUGAUGGAGAGGUCCAGCUCCGAGCUUUGGUAACUGCUCAGAAAGAGUGUAAUAUGCAGUGGAUCCACAUAUGCAUGGAUUAUAGUUCUCUUACGAAUCCUCAUGGGUCCACCCAAGAGCUCAGGUAGCAAAAACUACUCAAGAGUUACAGCAAUGUGUUCUGAAGAGACUUCAUAGACGUUGUGGCAGAGUAUGUUACAAGUGAGGUGCUGCGUGUGUGGGAGAUUACUUACUCAAACAGCACAAUGGCACCAGAAAAAUGCAGUCAAGUCUGGAUUUCAAAUUACGGCCUUCGUCAGAGAUACUGGUAUGAUUGUGGUGGGUCUUGGUGUGAUUGACAUGCAAAAUCAGCAGACUUGGGGCAUGGUGGCAUUUUGGGACAGCAGAAAUAUUUGUGACGUGCUGGAGUUGUCUCAAACUCCAGAUGGUCUAGGACUACACAGCUGAAUGCAUUUCUCCAGGUCAAUGAGUCUACACUGUACAGUACAAGGUGAACUGAUCUGGGAUAAAGCCAAUGCCUGCAUUCCAAGCUGGGUGCGGGUAAGUCAGAUCCAAAUCACUCUUAAAAAAGGAAUUUGUCAAAAACAUCAGCCAGGUAGGAGCUAAGUUUGGUUUAGUAAUGGCUUAGGAGAAGUCGCUAUGAGGAGCUUAACUGUCCUCUAGCUAAGCAAAGGCUACAGCUUUCUCCGGGGGUGUUUUGUUUUGCAAAGCUGUGUCUGCUGCAGAGAGUCAACAAUUUGCAUGCCCAGAGGAAUAUGAAAUUGCCCAGUUCCGAGACAGGAUAGACGGGGUUGACGUGUGAUUUCUGGGGACAGGCUGACACUGGAAUUUUUCUUUACUGAUGUGUUUGUUUAGUUUUUUAGGGAUUAGGGCUGGGUUGUCAUUGAUGAGAGCUGGAGCGGAGCCAGGCACAGGGGAUUCUCCCUCUCUGAGGUGAGCUCUGCUGAGAUCCCAGCUUGCUGAGCCAAGGCUGCCACUUGGGAGAGCCCAUUUCCUUCCAGAUCUUACUCCUGAAAUGCUGUGCAACAGACCCAAAGGAGAAAUCUGCUCACAGAGGUGGCUAAUGGAGGGGAUUUUACCUCCUAAGAGGUAUCUAUUGCUUGCAGACCCUGCAGUCUUCUCAUAGCUGUACCUGAAUAAAAUUACAUUUAUGACUGGGGCUUUGU